UUUUUUUUUUUUUUUAUUGAGAGUCGAGUUCAGACUGAGCAAAAACCCCGAGUACAGGCCGAGAGGCUCAGGCAUGCUCAGAAAUCCUGGAAACUUAUUUCACUGUUAAGUAAAAGCCCUGACGGGUAAAGGCCAUCCUGGGGCACUCGGGGUGUGCGCAGGGGUCACGGGUAGGCCGAGUGGUGCCAGCGCCCGCAGCGCGAAAGUCUGGCAGCAGUAACAGGGUCGGUGUCGCCAGCAGCCUGCAGGGAUCUGAGGAGCAGAUUGUUGGGGUCACUCAGAGUUGAAAGACUGGUGGCAAUCCGGUGGUGAGUUCUUGCAGCCCCCGGGGCCCUACGCCCAUGGAAGGUGGGUCAUGAAGGGUUGGUCAUGAACGCAGAUAUAAAAGUAGGGCCAGAGAAACUGGGCCAGGCUGCACUUCACUCGAGGGGCCUGAAGGACUCUCGGCGUCUCCGGGGACAAGGGCACAACACGCACUUCAGAGUGAAAGAGUUGUAAGGCGCUGAUCCGGAGCGGGAGGGCAGACAGGAGCGGGAAGAGGGGUGCUCCGGCUGCGGUCCGCCGGGCACGCGGGCCUGUCACUCGCCUGGCCUCCAGCUAGACGCUGGGAUAACCUUUCGUCAGUCCUACCCUCCCCCCGCCACUUUGGGACCAGAAAUUCGGGCUCGGCUGCAAAGCCAGACAGUCUGGGUUGGAAAGUGGGGCGCAUCAGGGAGGAGAAGUCGCACCCCUGGGUGGCUGGGAAAGCCUUCGUUAGUACCCGAUUAUCUUUGCUGUUGCUUCUCCCCUUCCGGUUGAAUGGAUCGCUCCGCCUGUCUCCUCCCCAUCUCCUUGGGUGCAAUGGAAUGUUCCAUUGCCCCUCCGGUCCGCUGUCCGCGUUGCAGGGAACGCUCUCUCUGUUGUCAGGGAAAGCCCCGGACGUGACGGCUUUGCGCGACCCCGAGCAGCACCCCCCUCCCACCCGUCAUCCCCCUGUGCGCUCUCCUGGUCCCCCUUUGCCUCCUACCCCGUGGAUUCCAGACUGGGUACAAGGAAACAGCUGGCGGAGCGAAGCCUCCAGACCCAGGCCAGGUGGGAGUUUCCACUCUCCGUGGGACCUGGGCUGCUGCUCCGGGGCCGUUGCAGAACCCCGAGUUGUGCAUGGCCGAGGUGGGAGCAUGCCAGGGCUAUGGAGGCAGAGGCUUCCUUCGGCGUGGGCUUUGCUCCUUCUGCCGUUCUUGCGACUGCUGAUGCCCGCAGCCCCCGCACCCCACCGCGGGUCCUACAAGCCAGUGAUCGUGGUGCACGGGCUCUUUGACAGUUCCUACAGCUUCCGCCACCUGCUGGACUAUAUCAAUGAGACACACCCCGGGACUGUGGUGACAGUGCUCGAUCUCUUCGAUGGCCGAGAGAGCUUGCGGCCCUUGUGGGAACAGGUGCAAGGGUUCCGAGAGGCUGUGGCCCCCAUCAUGGAAAAGGCCCCUGAAGGGGUGCAUCUCAUCUGCUACUCCCAGGGGGGCCUGGUGUGCCGAGCUUUGCUGUGCGUCAUGGAUGAGCACAAUGUGGAUUCUUUCAUCUCCCUCUCUUCCCCACAGAUGGGACAGUAUGGAGACACAGACUAUCUGAAGUGGCUGUUCCCUACAUCCAUGCGGUCUAACCUCUAUCGGGUCUGCUAUAGUCCUUGGGGCCAAGAAUUUUCCAUCUGCAACUACUGGCAUGAUCCUCACCAUGAUGACUUGUACCUCAAUGCCAGCAGCUUCCUGGCCCUCAUCAAUGGGGAGAGAGACCAUCCCAAUGCCACUGUGUGGCGGAAGAACUUUCUCCGAGUGGGCCGCCUGGUGCUGAUUGGGGGUCCUGACGAUGGAGUCAUCACUCCCUGGCAAUCUAGCUUCUUUGGUUUCUAUGACGCCAAUGAGACGGUCUUGGAUAUGGAGGAGCAGCCGGUUUAUCUGCGAGACUCCUUUGGGUUGAAGUCUCUGUUGGCCCGGGGGGCCAUAGUAAGGUGUCCGGUGGCGGGGAUCUCUCAUACCACCUGGCACUCCAAUCGCACGCUCUAUGAUAAUUGCAUUGAACCAUGGCUCUCCUGAAGAUGUCCUCAGGAAUUCCCCAGCCCAGAGACCAAGUGGUGGCCUUGGGAAGCAGAUGCCAGGCUCUGGCACGCCUGUGACCACCUCAUCGCUCCCACACUGCCCCACCCCACCAGGGCUCCCUGAAUCCUCCCCUCUGCUCCUCUGUGAAUGACAAGUUCUGGUCCCCUACCUCAUGUCCUCAUCUGGGGACAUCUCCGUGCGCUCCCUUUCUCCCAGGGCUGAGGUUGGGAAGUGAGCACCAGGUUUCUAACGGGCUUCACGCUGCUGCUCCUCCUCCUCUGGGUCUGGCUGUACCAGAGGAGAACCCAGCCCCUGCCCACCACAGGGGUCUCCUUCCAGGCCACUCAGGACAUUUUUAGCUUCUGUUAUCCCCAUGUUCCCUUUUUCUCAACUUCCCUGUCGCCAGCCUCCCCGCCAAGAGGGACGCCCGUAAGAGGGGUUCUGCGGUUCCCCUAUGGGGACAGUUCCACUUUUGAAGUGUCAGUGUUGGGGAAUAUCUGUGGCCUGCAAGGCCCAUCUCAGGUUUGGGGAUCCCCCAGUCCCUAUGAUCAGUGUUGGGGUAUCCCCUGGGAGCCUAGGUUCUUUGAGGCCCCAGACCCUCUUUUAACUACCCUUGAGCGGGUGUUCUCUAUUUAUAGAAAUAAAGUUCCAUUUCCUCA